AUGCGUCUUUGCAUAGCCGGCCUCAUCGGCACCCUUGCAGCUUCAGUGGCACUCUUGUCCAGCUCAGCGCAAGCCGUACCCUUCUCACUGCUACCGAAACCGCACCCGCUUGUCAUAUGGCAUGGCCUUGGCGACAGCGCUCAUUCUGAGGGCAUCGAGACCUUCAUGUCACAGCUCAAGGAAGCUUUCCCUGGCCUUUAUAUUCACUCCGUGACGCAGGAUGCCACCAGUGAUUCGGAAGAUCGCAGACAGGGCUUCUUCGGUCACAUCAAUGAUCAGGUGCAGAAUGCAUGCGAGCAGCUAGCCGCUAUCGACGAGCUGCGUGACGGCUUCGACGCCAUUGGCUUCUCGCAAGGCGGACAAUUCCUCCGCGCUUACGUUCAGCGUUGCAACACUCCCAAAGUCCGCAAUCUUGUCACGUUCGGCAGCCAGCACAUGGGUAUUGCCGACCUUCCAGCGUGUGGCUCCGCCGAUCUACUGUGCCGUGUUGCUGAAACCGCUCUGCGCGGAGGCAUCUACACCGACUACGCUCAAUCACACCUCGUCUUGGCACAAUACUACCGCACCCCCAAGGACCCAAAGGCUUUUGCCUCGUACCUCGAAAAGAACGACUUCAUCAAAGAUAUCAACAAUGAGGGAGAAAAGACCAACGCAACCUAUGCAAAGAAUCUUGCCUCGCUAGAAAACUUUGUCAUGAUCAUGUUCGACAAGGACACCACCGUCGAACCCAAGCAGUCAUCCUGGUUUGCUUCUUAUCCCGUUCGCAACGAGACCGAGACUGCUCAAAAGGGCGAUCCGAACGAGCCCACGCCACUCCGACAGAGUUCUAUCUACCUCGAUGACCGCAUCGGUCUCAUGAAGCUCGACAAGCGCGGUUCGCUCAUCAUGGAGCUCUGCCACGGUAUUCACAUGCAGAUCGAUCCGGCGUGUCAGCUCAAGGUGUUUGGAAAGUACGUUGGCACUCCAUCGACAGGUUUGGACAGCUCGGUUGCACGCUGGAUGGACCACACAUGGCGCUGGGCACUCUACAAUAUCACUGGCCUGCGAGUCGAAGACACAGCUGGCCUGAUUCUUUCACAAACAGUGCUGUUCCUCGGUCUUUUCCUUGCAAUCCGUUGUCUCUUGACCCUCGCAAUGCGCGGUGUCGAGACUGUCUCGCGCAGGCGCAGCGGAGAUGAAGAUGACGUGCAAUCUGGACCUGGUCCCAUUCGCCUGUCAUGA